AUGUCACAGGACGACAUCCACGGGCGCUUCCUGGCAGCCGCCAUGAAAUGCGACACUAGGGCCAUGCAACAAGAGUUCCACCAUCUGCUGUCGGUUGCAGAGAGCCGAAACCAAGACUGUCUAUUUCUGAAACGGCGGCACGAGCACGAGGUCGAGGCGAAUCACGGCGAAAUGGAUUGGAUGCGAGCGCGGAUUCAGUGCUUGGAAGAGGAGAUGCGCCGCGUUGCCGAAUACAAGAAGAAAGCUGGACGGGCCUGCUACAGCCUGGAUCAGAAUGGAGACGUGCAAAUCGCAGGGCCAUCUCGACAUACGGCAUUUGCGUUCUAG